AGUAGCCCGUGGACCCGCGAGAACGACGCUUCAGUGCUGCAAAGACAUGGCCGGCGCCAUGUCUAUGCUGCUGUCUUUGGGCCUGCUGUCGUUUUUAUGUCAAGCUUCGGCCUCAGGAACAAGGGGAUACGUGUUGACAGCUCCCAAACGGCUACUAACAGGAAGUGUGGAGAAUCUGUGCCUUACUCUCCACAACAUUACUGGAAAUGCUUAUGUCAAGAUUCAUCUUCUUUAUCCAGACUCUGACAAUCAGAUUGCAACACUUUCCCAUAACAUUUCAAAUGGUUCAGGAAAUUGCAUGAAAAUGGUUAUCCCACAGACUCCACUUACAAGAGCACGGCUGCACUUAAUGGUUGAGUUUGAUGAACUAUAUGAUUAUAGAAUUGACAGUGUGAGAGAGAUACAUAUCCAACAAGAUUCGGUGCUCACUUUUGUUCAGCCAGACAAGGCUGUAUAUAAGCCUGGAGACCUCGUACGGUUCCGCAUUCUUACUUUACGACAUAGUCUCUUGCCUGUCACCCAACCUAUACCAAAAAUUUGGGUUGAGACUCCAUCAGGAAUUCAUGUUGCUGAAUGGAUAAAUGUUCAGACAAAGGAAGGUCUUGUUCAGAUGGAGUUUCAACUGUCUUAUGAACCACAGAAGGGCAAUUGGAAAAUUAAACUAGAACAAGAUGGAUCCAAGACAGUGCAUUCUACAACAUUUUCUGUGCAGGAAUAUGUUUUGCCACGGUUUCAAGUCACAAUAAAACCACCUGAUUAUAUUCUAGCAGAUGCAUCAUAUGUCUCUUGGAUGAUUUGUGCAAGGUACAGUUAUGGAAGACCAUUAAAAGGUCAAUUACAGGCAAAAGUAGUGCCAAUUGUUCCAGCAUGGAGACAGAAAACAAAACCCCCAGUUGUAAAUCUGAUGACAGAACUUGACAGUUCUGAUGGGUGUUUCAAUUUCAACAUAUCAGGCACUGAAUUGGGACUGUAUGACUGGAAAAUGUCUCCUAACAGCUUAUUACUACAAGCAUCUGUGACAGAACAUUCCACUAAUGUCACAGAGCAUUCCAAUUAUACUUCAUUAAUACACCACCAGGCUCUCACAAUUGACUUUGUAACAUUCAGCUCUCAGUACUUUAAGCCUGGCCUCCCAUAUAGUGGAAAGAUCAAAGUGGCACAACCGAAUGACUUACCAGCUUCAGGCCAAGAAAUUCAAGUGUGCCUGAAGGUACAAGCAGCGGGAGAGUGGAACCGAGCUCUUGUUGCGUGUAAGAAUUUCACAUCAGAUUCUGAUGGUUUUGUGGACUUUGUUGUUCCUCCACAGCACCAGAAUAUUGUUCUUCUUUCAUUUGUGGCAACAGCUGUUGCUUAUCAGACAAAAUAUUAUUCUGCAGAUAAAAGAUGGAGAGUUUUUAUGGAGCAGCCUUCUUCAUUUUUUGAUGUUCAUGCAUGGUAUUCACCAUCCAAAAGCUAUAUAACAUUUCUGCAUGGAAGUGAGAAUGUUGUACGAUGCAACACGCAUCACAAGAUCUCUGUAUUGUUUACAGCACAAAAUAACACAGAAUUUUCUAAAUUUCAUUACCUGGUGAAGUCUCGUGGUGAUAUAAUUUAUUCAUCUUCAAUUAACCAACAGGGAAUUAGGAUUGGGAAGGACUAUCUCAAAGGCCUUCAGAAUAUGAUUGGCUCUAUGGAUAACAGUGAAGAAAAUUCUGUGCAUGAGAAUACAACAGGUUUAGAAAUCAGACAUCUGUCGUUGAACUUGCACAUAACACCUGAAAUGUCACCAUUGAGCUACUUUAUUCUUUAUAAUAUUCACAAAGACGGUGAAGUUGUUGCAGCAACUCAUGUUGUCCACAUUGAUAAAUGCCUACCAAACAUUGUUCAUUCAGUAUUUUCUCAAAGUCAGCAGCUGCCAGGAGCAGAUGCCAUUCUUACAGUGCAUGCAGCUCCGAGGUCAUUGUGUGCACUUUCAGCUGUAGAUAAACGAACAAGUUUCAUUGCCUCGUCUGAUUCUCUAAACACUGAUAGAAUAUUUAGAGAACUUUCAAAGUUCCAUAUUGAUGGCUCUAGCGUACCAAGGCAACAUGAUGAUUGGGAAUAUUGUUCGAAGAAGAAUGAGGAAACUCCUGACAGUGCAACAGUAGCUAGUAACAUGGAACUACAAACUCCUUCAACAACAUUAGAACCAGAUUUUUGGGACUUGCGAAGGAAACGCCGUUCAUCUAAUUGGGGUCGAAGCAAGUUGAUGGUCCCUCGUCUGACAAUUUACGUGGAUGCAAUCCAGGCAUUUGAGGAGUUUGGUGCUGUUGUGCUUAGUGACCUGACAUUGGAAACACGACCAUGCUACACCCCAAGUUUAUCUCCAGAUGGAGCUCCAAGAUUUCUAUCAGAGGCCUCCAUAGCAUUUUUCAUGACUGACAAAUCAUCAAACCGAGACUAUGAAGCUUCUGUGGGAUAUAAUGAGCAUGCUGUUGAGCCUGCAGUGGACGUACGAUCAUUUUUUCCUGAAACUUGGUUAUGGGAAAUAUUCCAUGUGGGGAAUGAUGGUGUUCGGUCUAUUAAGCGACAACUUCCUCAUACCAUCACUGAGUGGACCAGCAAUGUUGUUUGUCUUUCUCCUGACAAAGGAAUUGGAGUUGCUCCAACAACAAAUAUUACUACCUUCCAGCCAUUUUUUCUUGAUUAUAUCGUACCUUACUCUGCUAAACGUGGUGAGAUAGUAGUUCUCAAAGUCAUUCUUUUCAACUUCCUUUUAUACAGCAUUCCAAUAAAACUGCAGGUAUCUCAUACCAAUGACAUUGAGUUAUUAUCCAAUAGUUCAGUGACUGGUUCUUGUAUAAAUGCACGUAGCACUUUCACACAUGAGUAUCGGAUUCAAGCAAGUAAUAUUGGCUAUCUAAAUAUUACAGUCACUGCGGAAACAGAUCCCACAUAUCCAGAAAUGUGUGGACCAGAAUUCUUGUUCAACAGAAGGGAUACUGUUGUGAAACCUAUCCUGAUUGAGCCUGAAGGAUUUCCAGUGGAAAUUACUAAAUCAUCAUUUAUCUGUUCUGAAAAUAUUACCCAAAAAUCUGUAGUGAGGUGGAAUCUAGAAAUACCACAAGACAUUGUUGAGGAUUCAGCCAGAGCUGAGAUCAAAGUCGUUGGUGACCUGCUUGCUCCAACAUUGCAUAAUUUAGAGCACCUGGUUCGAAUGCCAAUGGGUUGUGGUGAACAAAACAUGAUUCUUUUUGUGCCAAACUUGCUCAUAAUCAACUACAUGUCUGCAACUAAUCAGAUGAAUUUGGCCCUAAAACAAAGUGCUGUGAAAAAUUUGAGAAAAGGAUACCAGCGUGAGCUCAAUUAUCGUCGAACUGAUGGAUCUUACUCAGCGUUUGGAGACUCAGAUCCAAGUGGGUCCAUGUGGCUGACAGCUUUUGUUGUUAAAUCAUUUGCUCAAGCCAGAAAAUAUAUAUUUAUAGAUGAAAAUGACUUAAAAGUCAGCACAGACUGGAUAGUUAAGAAGCAGUUAGAGAAUGGUUGUUUCCCCUUAGUGGGGCAAGUAUUUCAAAAAGAUAUUAAGGGAGGCUUAUCAGAAGAAAGUUCAUCAUCAGCCUUAACUGCAUAUGUGCUUGUUUCCUUACUGGAGGCCGGCCUCCCCCUAUCACCUUCUGUUACUUCAAAUGCUCUCUAUUGUCUAAGAGGUGACCAAGAGCUGGAUGUCUAUUCGUUGGCUCUUACAACCUAUGCAUUUUCUUUGCUGGAGGAAAGAGUAUUGGCAACAGAGUCACUGCGCCACUUAAUGGGAAAUGCUUUAACUCAACAGGAUCUCUUGUGGUGGGAGAAACAAGGCAGUUCAGCACUAAGUGUUGAGAUAACAUCAUAUGCUGUAUUAUCUUUGCUCAAGAUUGGUGGAGAAGAUAACUACAUAAAUGCCCUUAAAGCCAUAAGGUGGCUGUCGCUACAUAGAAAUAUAAAUGGAGGUUUUAUAUCUACACAGGAUACAAUUGUUGCACUGGAAGCUCUUGCAAAAUUUGCUAUGUCAAUGCCAGCAAGUGCUACAGAUGUUACACUAAGAGUGAUGGCAACUGAAAUGGAUCAUAGAUUUCAUAUCAGCAAACAGGACCGAAUGUUACAGAAACAGCAAUACAUACCAGUCCUGCCAACAGGAGUUGUUAUUGAAGCAUAUGGUCAUGGGUGUGCAUUAGUGCAGGCCUCACUGCAGUACAAUGUGAAAACACCAUCUGGCAGUGAUGUAUUUGAGCUUGAUGUGGAAACAGGACCUGUUGCAUCUGUAGACUUGUGUACAGUACAAAGACUUGAAGUAUGUCUUCGAUACAAAUUGACACAUCAGACAUCGAAUAUGGCAGUUGUGGAAGUUUCCAUGGUCACAGGAUAUGCUCCAAAUAGAGCCUCACUACAAAGAUUAUCAAAUGAGAAAACUACAACAUUGAAGAGGUGGGAAGAAGAAAUAAAUAAAGUGAAUUUUUACUUUGAAGAGGUUUCCAACAAAAGACAGUGUAUUAGUUUUAUGGUAAUGCAAGAAAUGGAAAUAGAAAACCCCUCUCCAGCCAAUGUGAAACUCUAUGAUUAUUAUCAUCCAGAAAUGACUAUAUCUAAAAGAUAUUCUACUGAUGCAGGGUGUCGAAAUGAGAGACUACCACUUCCACAGCCUGAAAUUAGUAGCGGAAACAUUCUUAUGGAUGAACAGGCAGAGUCAGCAGCCAUUGUGGAAAACACUGGAACAGAGGGACAACAAAUUUCAGCAGAUACAAAUAUUACCACAGAAACGAGUACAAUAAGAAAUGAACUUAAAGGUUUGAAUCCCCAGUUUGUAAAUGUUGAACAUGAAUUAGACUUCCCAACUGGAAAUGAAGGUCCGCAACCAGUAUACACACUUCCACAAGCAGAUGCUUCGAUGUAUAUUCCCUCCUGCCCAAUUUGCACUAACCAACUUCUGAGUAUCACUUCUGUAUAUUGCAACUCUUCUGUAGUAUAUAAACUCAUAAUAAGAAGACAUGGAAGUGUUCGUUUGGUGUUGGAUAUGAGCCCAGGAAAACCACCACAGCGCAUAAGGAAGACUAUCAUACUUUUGAUGGAACUUGGCUGUAAAUGCCCACAGUUGGAGAAUGUGGGAAAUCAUUUGAUAUUAUUGAAUACAAAACCCCAAGCUGAAAAUGUAGCCAAGCAAGAGCAUCCGACGCUGAAACUUGACUCAGAUACUUAUAUACUGACCACACCAGCUCAUACUGGGCAGCCACAAAUUGUCAAAUCAGCCAGGAGCAAAUGUGUAUCUGGUCAGAAUAAUAUCACACAGACUUAGGUGAUACAGGGUGUAUGGUCUUACCUUCCAUACCGGUAGUGAAGACAUCAGUAAAAUAAGAUACUGUGCUUGCUUUUUCUCCACCCCAAAUAAAAUAAAUGUCAUAAUUUCUACCUAGUCAUCAUUCCACUGUAACUGUAAAUGAUCUGUAACUAAAGCAGUGAAAAAUGUGGAUACAAUAAAGUAACAUGUUGUGUGUAGUCCAU